GCUGAAAGGCAUAAAGAAAUAUAUAGAAAGCUGUAUCUCCCUCUCUGAAGAACUUCUUUGAUCUGCCGCGGCUGCUGCAAUGCAAAAUACAAUGAGUUUCGCACAUUCUUUCGACGAGGCAAUAGAUUUUGUGAAGAAAGUAAGAAUGGAGUUUGCAGAUGAUAGGGAAAAGUAUACUGAGUUUCUUACAAUCCUAAAUGAUUAUGCUCGGAGUGUUACUGAUUUAAGAGGCACAAUAGCAAGGAUGGAGGAGCUGCUUAAAGGGCAUAAACAUUUGAUCAUCACAUUCAGAACCUUCCUGCCGAAGGAACCUCAAAUCACACUUGACGGUAACGAUGAUGAUAAGGCUGGUGAAGCAAAAAUCGAACACCUUGAAAGAAAGUUAUUAGACAUUAAUCUUAGAAGUAGGAUUUAGGUUUUAGGUUUGAGUUUAUUUGUUAAUGUUUAUUUACUUUCAAUUACUAAUUUCAAUUUUUCUGACCGUUUCUCAAUCCGCCAACAUUGGGUUUACCAGAAGCAUUCUUCCGGUGGUGAUGCUUCUGGUAGUGUACUUAAGUACUUUGAUAGAUUUGAGCAUAUAGGCGGUUAUGACAAGAACCAUUAGUUGCUUCUUUAUAAUGACUUUAAUCCUAGGCUCAGCAAUCUGCACCGGCCAAAUUCAGUGUUGUUAUAGCAAAUUUUUCAUUCUUAACUUCGUAAAUGUUGAAAUUAUCUGAUUACCAUUUGUUAACAACAGAGAUAUAAAAUAGGAGAAAGAGAAGGAGAAUAGGGUUUCAAUAAUAAAACAACGAUCACAAGAGAAUUUAUAAUAAUACCUAAUGGACUAGAUUACAUAUAAAGCUUAAUACUUAAAGCCUGUUAUCUAACAG